CGACUUUUAUCUAAUGAUGAUGUUAACCUUUUGUUUUUUGGUUGUUAAAGUUAAGUCUUGUUAAUUAAAGGCUAAAUCCUAGAUGAACAUUAUAUAAAGAUUCAGUCAUAAUUAGAUGUUGUACAUACCUUGAGAAAGAGAGGAAGAUCACACCAGGCAAAAGUCACGCGAAAUCGAUGGCGGAAGAGAGCUCAGUAAAGCUACAUGGAAUGUGGGCAAGUCCUUUUGCUUUGAGAGCCAAGCUUGCCCUUAAAAUUAAGGGAGUAGAGUAUGAGUAUAUAGAGGAAGAUUUACAAAACAAAAGUGAGUUGCUCUUACAGUAUAACCCCGUGCAUAAGAAAGUCCCUGUUCUUGUGCACAAUGGUCUACCCGUUACGGAGUCAAUGAUCAUCAUCGAAUAUAUUGAUGAGGCUUGGGAUGAACCUCCUUAUCUCCUUCCUAAGGAUCCUUACCUAAGGUCCAAACAUCGAUUUUGGGCCACGUAUUUACAACAGGUAGCGGAGAUAUUGGGUAAAGCACUGAUAACAGAAGGUAAACCAUCAGAUGAAAUGACGAAUGAGUACCGGAACAAGAUGGACAUGGCUGAAGAAUUAAUCAAGGCUGAAUUAUUCCCUAAUGGCUGUCCAUCUUUCGAGGAUGCGAAACCCGGAUACUUGGACAUAGUGUUGUAUUCCCUGUUAGGAAGCUCUGAUGUUGCGGAAGAGUUCUUUGGAUUUAGGCCUUUCAAUGCAGAAAGGUACCCGUUCUUGGCAUCUUGGAUAAAGGCACUGAAAGAGGUUCCUGAUGUUAAAGAGGUAACGCCUCCAAAGGUUAAGGUCAUUGAGCUUCUUCAUGCCAUGCGACGGAGUUACCUCCAAACAAAGGCGUAAUUGAUUUAAAACUAUUGUGAAGGAAUUAAUUAAGUACAUGAGCUUGUAAAAUAAAUUACGUGUCCUUAAUUUUAGUACUGUAAUCAACAAUUGAAUGUUUGUAAUAAAGUUUACUAGACUCUUGAUUAACUAAUGAAGUGGUGAGUACUGAAUAUUACAUGUAGAGUACCUCACAUGUAAUGUUAUUUGAGGUGCAUUUUUUACUUUACUAUAUUUUUGUUGGACUUAA